GCGCCCGGGACACAAUCAUGGCGGCUCGAUGCGUGAGGCUGGCGCGGCGUAGCCUUCCGGCUCUGGCGUGGUCGCUCAGGUCCACCCCUCGGCUCCUGUGCACGGCCACCAAACAGAAGAACAGUGGCCAGAACCUGGAAGACGACACGGCCUCCAUUGAACAGAAGGCAGAUACUCCUGCUGCCACCACAGAGAAGCUGCUGGCAGAGGAGAAGGUGAAGUUAGAGGAGCAGCUGAAGGAGACCACGGAAAAAUAUAAGCGUGCUUUGGCCGAUACCGAGAAUCUGCGACAAAGGAGUCAAAAGCUGGUGGAGGAGGCAAAGUUAUAUGGUAUCCAGGCCUUCUGCAAGGAUCUGCUGGAGGUGGCUGACAUCCUGGAGAAGGCGACGCAGAGCGUUCCACAGGCAGAGCUCCGGGACGACAACCCUCACCUAAAGAGCCUGUAUGAAGGGCUAGUGAUGACGGAGGCACAGAUCCAGAAGGCCUUUGCUAAACACGGCCUGCUCCGUCUUGACCCCCUGGGCGCCAAGUUCGACCCGUACGAGCACGAGGCCUUGUUCCAUACACCCGUGGAGGGCCAUGAGCCAGGCACAGUGGCACUUGUGAGCAAGGUGGGCUACAAGCUGCAUGGGCGCACACUACGGCCUGCCCUGGUUGGGGUGGUGAAGGAGGCCUAGUGUGGGCCUCUCUUGGGGUCCCCUCGUGCUCAAGCUCCAGGCCGGCUCUUCUUUCUUACUGGAGCCCUUGGGCCUGCCCAUGUCUGUUGGAAGCUUGAGUGACCUGAAUCAGCAGGGUGAGUUGGUGACACCAGUGAGCAAAAGAACUUAGAACUGGGAGUCUGUUCAUUGAGUUACUUAACUGCUGAAUAGUUCCACAUGCUCAGAGAACAGAACCAGAUGCUCCUGGCCCCUCAUGUCUUGGAGUAGUGCGUGGGUGUUGUCAGUGUUGAAUAAAAGGUCUUCGGGAAA